UAAUCUAUGGGAAGCCGAACUUCCUACCGUGCUACACAUGGAGGACGAUAAAAUAUUUUAAAAUAAAAAUUGUAAAACAGUGAGCGAUAUUUUUGUGCUUUUGUUAAAUUAUAAAUGAAAAAGAAUCUCUGAAAAUGUUUUCUAAUAUCUCCAAAUCCUUGCUAUUCUGCACAAACGCUAUAGGCCCGAAUCGGGCUCUUGCGUACGCACUGACCAAGUGUCCAGUGUUCCUAGAACCAUCUCUAUCACAAUGCCGGAACUACCACGAAGUAACUGGCGAUAUUAUCUGUCCGAACAUGGUUCGAGGCAUCGAUCAUCUAAGGGACCCUCGGCUCAACAAGGGUCUUGCAUUUACUCUAGAGGAGCGUCAAGCCCUCGGAAUCCACGGUCUUUUAGCAGCCAAGUUCAAAACCCAAGAGGAACAGCUGGAUAUUUGCAGGAUAUCUAUUGACCGAUACGAGGACAAUCUCAACAAAUACCUCUACCUCGUUGAGUUACAGGAUCGAAAUGAGAAAUUGUUUUUCCGUCUUUUGUCGGAGAAUGUGGAGAAGUAUCUUCCAAUAGUGUACACUCCGACUGUCGGACUCGCUUGCCAACGAUUCGGUCUCAUCUAUAGAAGACCUAGAGGCCUCUUUAUUACCAUAAAUGAUAAGGGGCACGUAUUUAAUAUACUUAAAAACUGGCCAGAGCCAGACGUAAGGGCCGUCGUAUUUACGGACGGCGAGCGUAUAUUGGGUCUUGGUGACCUGGGCGCGUAUGGUAUGGGCAUUCCCGUGGGAAAGUUGUCCUUGUACACCGCCUUAGCUGGAAUUAAGCCUCACCAGUGCCUACCAAUCACAUUGGACGUGGGAACCGAUAACCAGGAUCUAUUAGAAGACCCACUAUACAUCGGGCUUCGUCAAAGGCGCGUGCGUGGCAAGGAGUACGAUGAAUUCAUUGACGAGUUCAUGGAGGCGUGCGUACAGAGAUAUGGACAGAACACAUUACUCCAGUUCGAGGACUUUGCGCUUGGCAACGCUGGUCGUUUGCUUGCGAAGUACCGCAAUAAGUACUGCACCUUCAAUGAUGACAUCCAGGGCACGGCUAGUGUGGCCGUCGCCGGUUUGAUGGCCGCCAUUAGGGUGACAAAGCGGAAACUCAGUGAAAAUAUCUAUUUCUUCCUUGGUGCUGGAUCUGCUGCCAAUGGUAUUGCAAAUUUAACAGUUGCUGCAAUGGUCGCCGAAGGUCUUACAAAAGAACAAGCCCAGGACAGAGUGUACAUGUUUGACGUCGACGGUCUGCUGUCGACAAGAAGGGAAGGAGGCGUACCUGAACACGCCAAGGCGUUUGGAAAGAACAUUGCGCCUGAGAAGAGCUUUGAGGCUUGUAUAGCGAAGAUCAAGCCUAGCUGUCUUAUCGGGUGUUCGACGGUAGGUGGCGCUUUCAAUGAAAAUGUGUUGAGGCAGAUGGCCCAGAACAUUGAGCGCCCAGUUAUCUUCGCGUUGUCCAACCCCACCAGUAAAGCGGAAUGUACCGCCCAGGAUGCAUACAACUUUACUGACGGUCGUUGUAUCUUCGCAUCUGGAUCACCCUUCCCCCCUGUACAAUACGACGGUAAAGAGUUCCACACAGGUCAAGGAAAUAACUCGUACAUUUUCCCCGGCAUCGCGUUAGGCGUUAUCGCGACUGCUACUCAUCACAUACCCGAGACUAUGUUCCUUACUGCUGCGAGGACUCUAGCAAAUUACGUGAGCGAAUCGGACUUAGCGAUUGGACGCAUUUAUCCCUCUCUCUCGGAAGUCAAGGAGGUUUCUCUCGCUAUUGCAAUUGAAGUCGCUAAGAUGGCGUAUGAUGAAGGACUCGCCUCCGUAUACCCCGAGCCGAAGGACCUUUCAAAACAUGUCUCAAGUCAGAUGUACAGCUUCCACUACGAGAGCUCCAUGCCCGUAGUCUGGGAUUGGAAGCCCGAAGAGAAAUUCAACGUAAGACCCGUUCAGCCUGUGCCCAAAAAUAUUUAAUGCUACUUAAUUUACAAAUCUGUGUCACAACUAUGGGAUUUAGUUAAAAAAUUAUAAAGUUUUGCAUGUUUGAGAUGAGAGUAAAAAGGCCACUUUUACAGAGAUAUAGUAUUCGACCUAAGGACCUUUCAAUUGUUUAUUGAAUCCGACAUCUAUAAUUACAUAGAAUUUUUUUAAAGUGAUUAUAGUGAAAAUAAUAUUGAAAUUUUAAGUAUUUAUGAAAUUUGCGCCUAGAAUUUUUAUUAGCUAUGGAUAAUUGUUAUAAUCGUAAAUCUGUCUAUUUUGACAGUUAUAUAUAUAAACUAUUAAAAAAACAAAUACGGAAAUGCUUAAAUCCAAAGUUUUUAUCAACUAGAAACGAGAAAAAUAUGCGGCAAUAAUUAAUUAAAAUCCCUACUUCGGACACAGAUGGAAUAUGACAAAUAAAAUUUAAAGACAUUGAUGUUCCGUGCCUCUAAUGGGGUGUUUUGUGUCCAUUUUUAACAGUAUACACAAAGUAUUAUAUACCUCUAACGUAGAAAAUACUGUAAUCUUUUUAAAUUUGCUCGACAGCUAUGAGCGGUAAUACACUUACAAAAUAGGUUUUAAAAAAAUGCUACGAUUGUAUUGAUUCUCUCUGAUGAUAAAUCAACAGUAGAUUUUUACCUAAAUCUUAAUACCCCAACUUCGUUGAAAAAUAUUUCGUCUUCAUGUAUUGACGAUAAUCUAAGAAGACCAUAGAGCAUUAUGCUAAAAUAUGGUCGAGAGAAAAUUGACAUGUUCCCAGUGAUAUUUUUAUAAUUUUUUUAAGUUUCCUAAAAGUGUACUACCGGUCAAAUAUUCAAGUUAAGGUAAAACUAGCCCAAUCGUAUAAAAUUCAAUAUUUACAGUGCAUUUACAUUUUUUUUUUCUCUGUCCAAUUAUUUAUUUUACUUCAGAAUCUAUACAAUAAUUUAUAUCGCGCCAUUCGAUUUAAAAUGAUUUGAGUAAUUCUAUUGUUUUAUAAUGCAAGCAAAACCAUUACAGACAACUUAUAAAAUUAUGCAAGCAUCAAGCAUAAUCGUAACUAAAAAUAAAAUGAAUACUUGGACACUCUACAAGUCUGAAAAUGCGAUAUUUCGCUAGCAUUUCUCAUAGCCGCGUUUAGCAUGGCAUAGUUUUACUAAUUUGAAUAGCUGUUCGAGAAUUGACUUAAUUGUAUUUACAAAUACAUUUGUAGUAUUAGUUGUCACGUGUUUGUAGCUUCUUAAUGACGUUCAAAUCAAUGUUGGUAUCAAAUCGUGGCCUUGUUUUAGCUUAUUCGCGAUCUUCAUUAUCCUUGUGUUUUGUGUAUUUCUGGAAAACAAAGGUUGUAACCUAGCGUUGACGCUUUUCUAACUGUAUUUUAAUGUUUGUUAUUCAUUUACAAUACUUGCAAGUAUUAUUUUUCUUUUUAUCAGUUUUAUUUUAAGUAUAAAUGUUUGAAGUAUUAUUUAUUAUCAUACAAAAAUGUAUUAAAUCAAUGUCUAGUCACUGCAGCAUUAUAUUAAUUUAUGCCUAUAUACGAUAAAAACAAAAUUAUAGUAAAAUGUUGAUUCUCCAAACUCCAAGAGUUGUUUAAAUUCUACCUCUUAUUUAUAAUGGGAAACAUUAUUGCGAAUAUUAUAUAUUUCGACUUGAAAUAGUUUUUAAUUGUAUUCAGUAUUUUACGAAUUAUCGCUGAGCGAGAGUUGACUAUGUUUCAUGCUGGACAGCUGGAAACCAAUAAUGAAUCACGUAGUAGUCACUGUUUAAUUAAUAUAAAAAAAUUAUAGCACUUUUGAAAAACGGAUUCCUUGCACUUCUAGUAUUUGUUACAGUACAGUACAAUACAGUCAGUUUUCAACUGUUGUCUUAAAUUGCAUAGCUUGGUCCUAAUUGGUUAACGAUUUUUGACCAAUGACAUUUAAGAGAAACGAUCUUUGGAUUCGUUUCUGAUUUCUUCAUAAUAUAGUAGAUAAUUUUUAUCACUACAUCACAUAACCAGACCACAGUACUGCCAAUAUUUUCACAUGAAUGAAAUAUGUUCAUUGUUCUACGAUUAUUUAAUUUCAUAAUUGAUUUUCAGUUGUUCAGUGUUAAUCGAGGUUUGUUAUGUUAACUUGUAUCUAUAGAUACAAAGUGAUUAUGUUGCUGUGACGAUAGAUAAUACGGUUUUGAACUAACAUGAAAAUAUUUUAUUUGAAUGUUUUAAUUGUUUAUUAAUAUUACGUCGCCAUCCUGUAUUUGUUUCGUUACCAGGGUUUACUUUUAAGUACAUUAGGCCAAUUAUAUGUUCAUUCUUAUUGUUGUCACUUGUCCGGAAUGAAAGUUGUAUGUUCUUAGUAUUUAUUGUUAAAUACGAAUGGAUGUUAUUAAAAUGUUCUAAACCAAUA